AUGCUUCCAGCAACGUUAUUUACGUCAGUCCACAGGUCAAUUGUUAGCUCGAGAGUGCGGAGCAUCGUCCCAUCGGUGGCACCUGCCAUAUUUUCUUGUAGAUAUAUCACCCAUAAUGCCGUUUUGUUAAAGGCUAAGAAGAAGCACUCGAACCACCAUGAAAUAGUAGAAGAGGCGCCCGAAGUUGUCAACCCAAAACAGGUCCUGAAAGAGAUAGAGGACAGGUUUAAACUGACGUUACAAGAACAUCAAAAGAAAAUUAACGAGAUAAAGUUGGGAAAAAGUAAUCCCAAGAUCUUUGAUUCGUUGAAAGUUUCAAUUGCUAAGGAUCUUCAGCCUUUUCCCUCAGUUGCCCAGACUACCUCCAAGGGUAGAAACCUAUUAGUCACUGUUUUUGACCCAAGUCUAGUAAAGUACGUUGUAUCUUCAAUUCUCAGUUCUGGUUUAAACUUGAAUCCCGAAGUGGACCCCAAGAACCCACAAUUGUUGAAAGUUCCCCUUACUGCCCCUACUGCUGAGACUAAGAAGGAAACUUUGAAAGCUUUGAAGAACAACCUUGAGCAUUACAGACACUCAAUCACGAAUAAACACUCUCUGGCUUCUAUCAGAGCCCACUAUCUGAAAGAGUUCAAGGGAAAUAAAGAAGACUCUAUUAAAAAGUUAGUGAAUGAGAUUGAAAAAGUUCAUAAGGAUUACUCAAACAGUAUACACGAACAGUUCAAAAAAGUAGAAAAGACACUAUAA